AUUUUGCAGGUAAACGUUGACUGGGAACUAAGCGAGACCUUGUGUGACUUUUACAUUGCCUUGGAUGUUACGUGCAGUACAGCUUCUAUAUUUAAUUUAGUUGCAAUAAGCAUUGACAGAUAUAUCGCCGUAACGCAACCCAUCAAAUAUUCCAAGCACAAGAACAACAAGCGCGUCUUCCUCACCAUUGUCAUCGUCUGGUUAGUGUCUGCGGCGAUUGGUUCACCAAUCGUUCUCGGUCUAAACACUUCACCAGAGCGCAUUCCGAACCUCUGCGUCUUCUACAACUCAGACUUCAUCAUUUGUUCUUCACUAAGUUCAUUCUACAUACCAUGUAUAGUCAUGAUAUACCUGUAUUAUAAAAUCUUCAGAGCUAUUCAUGAGAGAGCAAAGAAAGCCCUUGGUCAAAAAGCAGCAGCCAGAACAAAAAAUCAAACCGAAAAGAAUCUUGUAAUAGAGAAUAAGUCGAAGAAAGACCAUACAGAAAAUUCAAAUUCGAAAGAGGAUACAAAUCAGGUCACUACUUACGGUAACAGAUUGACUCCAUUGGUAGAAACAGACGAAGCCAGUCAAAUGUACGAUGAAGACGACGAAGAGUCUCCUCCAAUGGACAAAGACGAGUGCCAAGUUAUAAGUAACAUUACGGUAUCCAGUUUUGAGAACGUGGGACCCAACGCAUUUAGAGAAACAGAGUUUAAUAAUCCCCACGUACAAACUGAGAAGACCUCGCUGCCUUUGUUCAAAGUGAAUGGUUCUGCCGUGGCAGAUAAAGCGAGUUUUAAUAAUUCCGUAGCCGGGUGUGCCAUAAGUCAAUGUAAUACAAAGAGAAAUCUUUUGAAAAUCGUAAAACCUCAAAAAACCAAGAAAAAGAAAAGGGAAAAAAACGCUGCCAGGAGGGAAAGAAAAGCUACAAAAACGUUAGCUAUUGUUUUAGGUGUCUUCCUCAUAUGUUGGGUACCAUUUUUCACGUGCAAUGUCUUGGAUGCCAUCUGCAUUAAGCUACAGAAUAACGAAUGCCGCCCAGGAGUCACCACAUUCCUCUUGACCACGUGGUUGGGUUACAUCAACAGCUGUGUGAACCCAGUCAUUUACACCAUUUUUAACAUGGAGUUCCGUAAGGCGUUUAAGAAACUCUUGCUUGGAUCGUGCAAUUGA